AUGUUCAGACUAAAGAUCGUACCACCCAUUCGUCGCUUUUGUUCAAGCUCUAUACGAUAUCAGAUAAUCAAUCAGGCAAAUAAGCAAACAAUCUCCUUAUCAACAACAUCAACAACAUCAACAUCAAAGACUCCAAAUCACACAACCCCAAAACUUGAAUUGAAUAAAUUGGCCCAGAUAUGUGCACAAGUCAUCAAAAUCACAGGUCCUAUUUCGUUAUCGGCUUUCAUGAGACUAUGUUUAACACAUCCAGAAUUAGGGUAUUAUACCACUAGAGAUCCACUUGGUGCUAAAGGUGAUUUUGUUACAUCACCAGAAAUCUCUCAAAUGUUUGGUGAAAUGAUUGGAAUAUGGUUAUUUACAGUUUGGAAUUCACAAAAGAAACCUAAAGAGAUAAAUUUAAUUGAAUUUGGUCCUGGUAAAGGUACUUUAACUUUUGAUGUUAUUAAAAGUUUUUCUAAAUUGGUUCAAACAUUAAAACAUGAAGAAUUGAAACUGAAUAUCAUUUUGGUUGAAACAUCACCAAUAUUAAAACAAGUUCAACAUAAUCUAUUAUCUGGUAAGGAUUUAGAUACUUCAAAAGAGUUUUGGGAAGCUCCACAUAAAUGGAAUGGUAAAAUAACUUGGGUUGAUACAGAAAAGGAUUUAUGGGAGGUUACUCAACAACAAGAGGCAAAUUAUAUCUUAGCACAUGAAUUUUAUGAUGCAUUACCAGUAAGUCAAUUCAAGAAAACUGAACAUGGUUGGAGAGAAUAUAUGGUUGAUCAUAAUGAAGAUGAUGGUACUUUUUUCUUGGGUUUAAAUUCACAAAGAACUCCAUCAUCUGCAAUUCCUGAAACAAAUCCAAGAUAUUCAUCUCAAAAUCUUGAUUCUAUUGUCGAGAUCUCAUCUGAAUUACACUCAUACACUAGUGAAAUUGUGAAGUUAUUAGAUCGAAAUAAAGCUCAAAAUGGUGCCGCAUUAAUUGUGGAUUAUGGACCAGAUUUAGAAAUUCCAGGAAUGACAUUACGUGGUAUUAAAAAUCAUGAAUUUAAGAGUCCAUUUGAAGAUCUAGGUGAAGUCGAUUUAUCAGUUGAUGUUGAUUUUGGUGCUAUAAAAGAAUCUGCAACUUCAGAUCCAAGUUGUCAAAUUGAUGUUUUCGGUCCUGUACAGCAAGGUGAUUGGCUUCAUCAAUUGGGUAUACAAUUCAGAGCUGAACAAUUGUAUAAUAAGGCUAAAAAUGAUGAAGAACGUGAAAUUAUAAAGACUGGUUAUCAUAGACUUGUUGAAAAAGAUGAUAAAUCUAUGGGUCACAUCUAUAAAUUUAUGGCUUUGUUACCAAAAGGUGGACCAAUUCCUGUUGGAUUUGGUGGUGGUGUUGAGGAAUAA